AUGGCGUCAAAAAAUCCCACCAAAGUUCAUCACGAGCUUGUGCCCGCUCCCGAGCCCAAGACUGAGCUUGGACGGUACAGGAUCCUAGCCAAAUCCGCGAGCAUCCCCGUCUCACCUCUAUGCCUAGGUGGCAUGAGUCUAGGGACUGCUCAUAGCGAGUUUAUGGGCUCUGUAGACCAGGAGCAGGCGUACAAGAUCCUUGAUGCCUUCGUGGAUGCUGGUGGCAACUUCAUCGACACCGCCAGCAACUAUCAAGACGAAGAGUCGGAGAAGCUCAUCGGUAGCUGGAUGGAGGCCCGCGGCAACCGCGACCUCGUCGUCCUGGCCACGAAGUUCAGUAGCAACUACCGCGCCUGGGAGCUCGGCAAGGGUCGGACCGUCAUGUACAAUGGCAACCACCGCAAGUCCAUGUUCCUGUCCGUGGACGCCUCGCUCAGGAAGCUCAGGACCACCUAUAUCGACCUCCUCUACGUCCACUGGUGGGACUGGCUCACCUCGGUCGAGGAGCUCAUGGACGGCCUGCACGUCCUCGUCGAGCAGGGCAAGGUCCUCUACCUCGGCGCGUCCGACAUGCCGGCCUGGUUCGUCGCCGCGGCCAACACGUACGCCCGCGAGCGCGGCAAGACGCCCUUCUCGGUCUACCAGGGCCGGUGGAACGUCAUGAGGCGCGACUUUGAGCGCGAGAUCAUCAACAUGGCCAACCACUUUGGCAUGAGCCUCGUGCCCUGGGAUGUGGUCGGCGGCGGCCGCCUGCAGUCGCGCGCGCAGCUCGAGGCCAAGGACCGCGCUGGCGAAGGGCUACGGUCCUUCUGGGCGGCGGGCCAGACUGAGACCGAGCGGAAGGCCAGCGAGGUCCUCGAGAAGGUUGCCGCCGAGGUGGGCGCCGAGAGUGUCCAGCAGGUCGCGCUGGCAUACGUGCGGCAUAAGGCGCGGCACGUCAUCCCCAUCGUGGGCGGGCGCAAGGUGGAGCACCUGGAGCAGAACAUCGCGGCGCUCAAGAUCAAGUUGACAGAGGAGCAGAUCAAGACCAUUGAGAGCUUCCAGGACUUUGAUGUUGGGUUUCCCAUCGACUUGAUGGGCGAUGACCCGCUUGAGACGGGCAAGACACCUUGGGGAUUGGCUCUGACGGCGCAUUAUGACUUUGCGGUUCGGAGAUAG